GUGGACGGAUAAACACAAAGUCGCCUCCUUAUAAUUUGCUAUAUCUCUCUAUCUCUCUCUCAUCCUCUUUAGUCUUUCUCUUAUCUGCCUUCUUCAGAAACCCAUCCCCCAAUAUGGCAGACUUAAGUUUCUUUGUUGGAGUCAUAGGAAAUGUUAUAUCGGUGCUUGUCUUCCUCUCCCCUGUGGAGACGUUUUGGAAGAUAGUGAAAGGGAGGUCGACGCAGGAUUACGAGUGUUUGCCGUACAUUUGCACGUUGAUGGGUUCUUCGUUAUGGACAUAUUACGGGAUAGUGACACCUGGUGAAUACUUGGUUUCUACAGUCAAUGGCUUUGGUGCUCUUGCUGAGUCCAUCUACGUUCUCAUUUUCCUCUUCUUUGUCCCCAAAUCCAGAUUCUUGAAAACAAUUUUAGUCGUUCUAGCUCUGAACGUAUGUUUUCCACUAAUCGCGAUUUUGGGAACAAGAACUGCGUUUGGAGAUGCAAACUCGCGUUCUACUUCAAUGGGUUUCAUAUGUGCAACUCUCAACAUUAUCAUGUAUGGUUCUCCUCUUUCCGUUAUUAAAACGGUGGUGACGACGAGGAGUGUUCAGUUUAUGCCAUUUUGGCUGUCGUUUUUCCUCUUUCUGAACGGUGCGAUUUGGGGUGUCUACGCUUUACUCGUACACGAUAUUUUUCUACUAGUGCCAAAUGGAAUGGGAUUCUUGCUUGGGACAAUUCAACUCCUAAUUUAUGCGUAUUACAGAAAUGCCAGACCAAAUGUAGAAGAUCAUGAAGAAGAAGGCCUCAUACCAAGCCAACCUCUCCUCUCUUAAUUAACCAGUUUAUCUUUUAAUCCAUAAAAAUAACUAAAACGAAUACAAAAACAUUUUUCAUUCUUCACAAACAAAAUAAAAAUUUUCAAUUCUUUUUUUUUUUUUGGGUUGAGUACUCGUUUUGAUGGCAUCCUAUUAACAAAUCUCUUUAUUUGUUUAUUUUGUAUUAUCGUCCGGUGUCGUACAUGCAUAUGUGAUUGUAAUAUAGUUUGAUUCAGUUUAUAUUACAACACAAUCAAUGAUUCAAAACUA